AAUUGAUUAAAUAUAUUUCACUUAACUUUAGAGAAUGCAAACAAGACUAAAUUGUAUUAUUAAUGUACUAAAUUAACGAUAAGUGAUUAAAGUGCGCGGAAUUAAGCGAAUUUACACAUACACAACACACUACUAAUACAUGCACACAAUGGCAACGAAAACGAAAACUACGAUUCAUUCUAAGCCACUAUUUGUGCGUGUGUCGUAUGUGUGCCCCUGUGUGUGUGUGUAAGCCGUGCAUGUGUGUUGGUCUGACGACAUUGACUGAGCCUUCGAACGGGGGCCGUCCCGCGCCCCGCGCCCUGCAACUAGCAGCUAGUAACCGUUACUCUGCUUCUUCAAGUUGUGUCUUGCCACAACAGAGCUACAAAUAAGAAAAGAAAAGAAAACGAAAAAAAAAAAAACAAGAGAGAAGAGGAAAAACGCCUUGGAAUAUAACAAAUGUGCCAUGUUAUUGUUGGAAGCGGCCGUGUCUGCUGGAUUCCAGUUCUGUGAACAGUUACACUAAGGACACACACAUUCCCUCCGCGUGCACAACCCGCCCCCGCCCUCACUAUUUCUCUCAACAUGUUCAAUAGGUUGGGCAACGCUGGAACAACAACAACAGCAGCAGCAGCAACAGCAGCAGCCGCGCCUGCUGCGGAAGCGCCAGCUCACGUUGCCAGUGCAUCCAGUGCUGCCACGCCCACGAGUGAUCUCUACCUGCGCCCAUUGCCGUAUUUGGACGCCAAAUGGCUGCGCGCCGAUCUCAUAACCUGCCUGCGCAACGCCGCCGACGGCGCUGUGCUCUGGAAUCAUUUGAUACAGGACUGCGAGCUGGUAUCGUCGCCAACGGCGCCGCUGCGCAAUGCACACGGACAGCUCUCCUAUCUGGGCGACGAUGGCAAGCAUUAUUGCGGCGCUGAGGCGCUGCAGUGCACCUGCUGCCAGCCGGAAUACUGUGGCCCGCUCUCCGCCUGCAAUUGCGACGGCUGCCGGCCACUUGAUUCGGACACGGCCAUCAAAAAGCUGACAUCGGCGGCGGCACAGCAAGCGCUCGGCGGACAACAGCAUGCAACGGAGCUGACGCUGAGCGCCUGGCUCUGGAGCCAGCCACCCAAUCAGCUGGCCAAGCACGAUUGCCAGCGCACACUGAUCGCCGAGCUCCAUGAGCUGGCGCUGCGCGCCGCCGGCAACUGCCUCUCCGCGCAGCAGCUGCGCCAGCAGCUCUUCAUCUACGAACGCUACUUUGUGGCGCUCAAGCGCAACCAGCAGCAGCAGCCGGCGCAGCCGCAGCAGCAACAGCCACAAGCUUCACAGCAGCAGCAGCAGCUGGAGGAAUCUCUUGUGCCUGCGCCGCCAUUGCCGCCGGAACAGGAGCCGGAGCAUGCUGCUCUGGGCCUGGCACGCGUCGGCACACGCGCCGCCCUCAACUUUAGCUUUGCGUUUUUGCGUCGCGCCUGGCGCUCCGGCGAGGACAUGGAGAUGUGCAGCGAGCUGCUCAGCGAGGCGCUCGAAUCGCUGCAGGAGCUGCCCGAGGCGACGCUCUUCGAUGCCGCCGCGCAGGUCUCGCCCCUCUGGCUGGAGGUCAUGGAGCGUUCGAUUAAGUUUCUGCGCCUGGUCGCCCUGGGUGAUCCCAUGGGCGGACGCUGUCUGGCGCCGCUCACGGACAGGCAUACGGCGCUGUGCCUGCUGCUGGAGCUGGGCGUGCAGAAGGGCACGCUGGCGGCCACGCUGGAGUGUGUGGUGCUGCUGCUUGUGCUCUGGGAGAAGGACAACGAUAAUGGACACGCCCACGGACAUGGACAUGGCGGCGUCAAUGGCGAUAAUCGCGAUAUGCCGCGCAAAUCGGGCGCUCCCCUGCUGCGCAUCCUGCAGCGCUAUCAGCGCCUGGGCGCCGACCCAGCUACGGGCAGCAACAGCAGCUCCGGCUCCGGCGCCAGCGCCAAUUUGGAGCCAGCCACGCCCUUGGCCAGCGCGACGGAGACCUUCUUGCGCUUCCUUAUGCUGCCCAAGAGCAGCGCUGCGAUUGUGGAUUUACGCCGUGCGGCCGUGGUCAUCAUCUCACAUUUGGAUCGUCUGGUGCAGCCGCAUAUGCCGCAUCCCACGCAGCUGCUGCCCAGCUGUCUGCUGCGUCCGGCGGCCACGCCCAACACGGCGAGCACCAUUUUGGAGCAGCAGCGUGUCUAUGCGCUGGGCUGGCCAGCGCUGUCCAAGGAGCAGCAGGGCUUCAAUGUGGAGCCCGCUCUUAGCUGGACCAGUGCAGCCACCCAACAGCCGCCGCCGGCUCUGCUUACGUGCAAGUUCCAGCUGAAGCAGGUGGCCUGCAGCGAGGAUAUGGUGGUGCUGCUCUGCCAGGAGGGCAAGCUCUACAAUUGGCCCAUCGCCAAGCCGGAGACGGAACCCCAACUGAUGGACUUUGCCGAAAUAGCAAACGAGACGUUCGUCUCCAUAGCCGCCCACUGCGAGGGACGACACUUUCUCGCCGUCGACAGCAACCACAACGCCUAUUCGUGGGGCGUCGGCGACAGUCGCCGCUUGGGCCACGGCGAUUGCCAUGCCCGCGAGCUGCCCACCAAGAUCGAGAGCCUGGUGCGUCGCGUCCAGUCUGUCUACUGUGGCUGCUCCUACAGCGCCGCCAUCACGCUGCGCGGCAAUCUCUAUACCUGGGGACGCGGCACCUAUGGCCGUCUGGGCCAUGGCAAUUCGGAUGAUCAGUGCAUGCCCGCCAUGGUGAUGGCACUGAAGGAUCACCAGGUGCUGGACGUGGCACUGGGCAGUGGUGAUGCUCACACACUCUGCCUGACCAGGGGUGGUUUGGUCUAUGCCUGGGGCGAUGGCGACUAUGGCAAGCUGGGCAAUGGCAGCUGCAAUAGCAGCCUGCAGCCGCUGCUCAUCGAGUGUUUGCCACGUGUGCAGCGCGUCUUUGCCGGCUCCCAGUUCUCGCUGGCGCUCACCUGCGAGGGCCAACUCUACAGCUGGGGCAAGGCAUCCUGUCUGGGCCAUCAGCUGGUCGAGCGCAACGUACAGGGCUGCAGUGUGCCCAGACUUAUAACCAGCCUGCAGCAUAAACGCAUUGUGCACGUGGCCGUGGGCGUGGCUCAUUGUUUGGCUUUGAGCAGCAACGGCGAAAUCUUUGGCUGGGGCCGCAACGACAACCAACAGAUCUGUCCCGCCUCCGUGUGCAGUGAGCCGCUGCUGCGACAGCCCAUUCAGGUGACGCUGCCAACGAUGCCCGCCAGCGGCAUGGCCUGCACCGCCGUCCAGAGCCUGAUCUGGACGCAGACCAGCCGUCAGGGUGUGCCGCUGCGUGCGCCAUUUGUCAUCGAUCUGGGCGAACCGACAUUUCGGCUGCUCGACCAGCUGCUGGGCUUGUGCAGCGCCAGCGCGGCGCAAGAUAAUCGCCAGACACCUAACCAGGAAUCGGAGUGCAUUGCGGUCGCCUGCCUCAAUCUGGUGCGUCUACAGCUGCUCGCGCUCAUUGCCAACGGCGUGGAGCCGCGCAACGUCGGCCUGGCCAGCGGCGGGCGUCUGCUCAACAGCCUCAAGACGCGCAUACUGAGUCUGGCCGGCGGCAGCCAAGUGCUGCGCACCAUCCAAAUAGCCGCACAGCAAGCGCUCCAGGAUGGCUGGAGUGUGCUGCUGCCGACGGCGGCGGAGCGUGCCCAGACGCUGACGGCGCUGCUGCCGUCGGAGCCGGGCCAGGCAUGCUCGGCGGGUCAUCGCUUUAUGACGGAUCUGCUGGUCAGCUCGCUGAUGGCCGAGGGCGGCCUGGAGACGGCGCUACAGCAUGCGAUACGGCUGGAGAGCAGCUCCUGCUCCACGGACUGCACAGACGGCGCCCAUUUGCCACUGUUGCAGCUAAUUACACGUCUGCUUGGAAACAAUGCAUCGCUUACCCAGAGCCGGCUUUCGCUCACCCUGCUGACCAAGCAGCAGCAGCAGCCCGUCGCCGAGGAGGAGCAACAGCGGCAGCAGCUGCUGCUGCUAAUGCAACAGCACCAACAACAACAACAACAACAACCCGGAACCAGUCCCAGUUUGUGUUUGCUGCAUCGUUUUCAGCGUCUGCUGUUGGCGCACAUUCAUCAGGCCAGCGCCGAGGAGGACACAACGGGCGCAGAGGCGCUGCUCUCCCAAUAUCUGCACAGCCUGAUACCUGCCUGCGUGAGCACGCUGCAGCAGGCGCACGAGCUGGCGCUGCAGUGUCGCCCCGAGUCCAGCGAACUGGGCAUCGCGCUGAAUCGUGUGCUACAGGCGGACAUCUCGGAUGCGCUGCUGAACGAGCUGCUGGUCGGUCUGGUGCUGCUCAAGCGCGACAGGCCACAGUGCCUGGCCAGCCUGCGCUGGGCACGUCUCUGCCUGCCGCUGUUGCGUGUGCUCGACCGCCUGAAUCGUGCGCUAGGCGAGGGUGAACUGCGCGACGGCGACGACAUGGGCUGGCCGGGCAUCAUUUGUCGCGGCGGUCCCAAGGGCGCUGCUCCGCCGCCGGCGGCCGCUGAUCCCGAGACGCACUAUGUCCGCCGCUCCGACAUGGACAAUCUGCUGCUCGACGGCAGCCAUUGCAUCAUUGUGGCUGGCUACGUUUGCGAUCUCGCCGGCUAUACCUGCGAAUCGGAGAAUUUGCGCGCUCUGCUCGAGCUGGGUCUCGGCAAGGAUCUGACCGCGGAGCUAAGCACACCGCCGUUUCGCGGCGCCAUGGAGCAGCUGCUGCAACAUCACAAGCUGGGCAAAUACCUGGCAAGCCAGAGCGCCAGCGAGGAGAAGAUUGCCCCGCCGACCGCGACACGAUUGACGCACUUCAGCUCGGAAUGCACGCUGGCACAGCUUCUGGGUCUGGUGGCGAAUCUGAUGUGCAGCGGACCCAGCUUGCAGCCGGCGGAGCUGCAAUGCCGUCAGCUGGACAAAUCGUCGCUGCUCAGCGGCGGCCUGCUGAUGCUGCAGCCGAGCAAUCCGUUCGACGAGGAGAAGGGUGAGGCGCGCAGCAGCCACAGCACGGCGGGCAAUACGCCCACAGAGAUAACGCUGCCAGCGCCGCCGCCGACGGCGCGACGUGCCGCCGCCGAGCAGCUGCAGAGUCGCGUGGACAGCUUCAUAGCUGGCCUGGCGGAGGCGCGCCUCAGCGAUCCGCUGGUGGCCCACUGGCUGGCGCUCACCGAGCGCUACUGCAAGGCGCACAAUUUGAUGUGGCAUCAGGAGUUCGCCACAGAGCAUCCGGUCCAGGAGCUGGAGCGUCUGCUCAGCGCCGUGCUGUUGCGGCAUCAGUGCCUCGGCGGCCUGGUGCUCAGCGCGCUGGAGGCAACAGGCGAGCAGCAACAGCAGCAGCAGCCGGCGCUGCCCAAGCAGCUGGCCGAGAUUAUACGACUGGUGCAUCAGGCCAAGUGGUCGGUGGUGCGCACACGCCAGCAGCUUAAUCGCAGCUACAAGGAGGUGUGCGCGCCCGUUCUGGAACGUUUGCGCUUUCUGCUGUACGAGGUGCGUCCGGCCAUCAGUCCGCAGCAGCGUGGCCUGCGCCGGCUGCCCAUACUGCAGCGUUUGCCGCGCUUCCGGCUGCUGGUGCGGCGCCUGCUGCAGGAGCUGCGCGCGGCCAAACAGCAGCCGGCAGCCAAGCCCGAGGAUCUGCUAAAUGCCAGCAUCCAGCAACAGCAGCAGCAACAGACCACAGAGCUGUUGAUCUACGAGCAACAGGAGCAGCUGCAGCAGGAGAAGAAGCCCAAGCAGCAGAAGCAACUGGACGAGGAGGAGUCGCUGCUGCGUCGCCUAAACGAACGCCAGCUGCACGCAGAUGUCGAGCUGGACGCCACGCUCAUACAGGACAUUGUGGACUUUGCGCUGCAGGACAGCUGCGAUGUGGAGACGGUGCGUCGUGCCAUGUACUGCCAGAUGCAGCGUUUCCAGCUGCGCCUGGCCGGGCUGCAGCUGGUGCAGCAGCUGCUCGAGCUGCACGGCCUGCUGGACGCCGCCCAGUACAGCCUGCUCAAUGGCUAUCUAGGCCUGCAUCUGAAGUCCGCUGCGUGUGGCGCCUCGCCGCAGCCUGUGCUCGGCCAGCUGAACAUGGUCAGUGCGUAUCAGAAGGCACGUCUGCUGCUGGCACAGGCGCGUGUCCUUGACUGGGCGGUGCGCGAAUUGCGGCGUCUGGUCAAUCAGGAGCAGCAGGGCGCUGCACGCGGCAAGGAUAGCUGCAAUCUGAGCACCUAUGUGCUGCUCAAGCGUUUGCCGCGCGCCCGCUUCCUUAUCAGCAUCUUUGGGCUGCUCGCCAAGGAGCUGGGCGCCAAUGAGUUGGGUCUGCUCAUUAACUCGGGCCUGCUGGGCACUGUGCUCGGCCUGUUGGCGCAGACGGGCGGCGAGGGCGGCGCCAGGGGCAACAAUUUGGAGCUGAGCGUGCUCUACGAGGACAGCGUGCUGAAGCAGAAGUGCAACAAGGCACAGCUCAGCGGACCGGAUCUGGCGAAACUCAUGAAGAUUGGCACACGAAUUGUGCGCGGCGCCGACUGGAAAUGGGGCGAUCAGGAUGGCAAUCCGCCCGGCGAGGGACGCAUCAUCAGCGAGGUGGGCGAGGACGGCUGGGUGCGCGUCGAGUGGUACACGGGCGCCACCAAUUCGUAUCGCAUGGGCAAGGAGGGCCAAUAUGAUCUGCAGCUGGCGGACAGCGCAAUGAAUGUGGCCUCACCCACGGAACCGGAACGUGAGGAACUAGGCACCAUGGAACCGCCACCCAGCAGCGAAUCGCAUCCCUCCAAGCUGCUGCGCCACUGCGCCGCCAAGCUGCUGCAAAUCCUGGCCGUCGGCAGCGGACUCCACGGCGCCUGCCUGGACAAAUACGCGCUGCGCGGCGUCACCAGCAUGUUUCGUGCCAUGCUCGAUCCAAAGCCCGCCUUGGCCAAUGUCGUCCAUUGCCUCAACUGGCUGAAUCUCGGCUUCAUACGCGCCAUUGCAGGCGACUGUCCACGCUUGUGCCUGGAACUGAGUGCUCCGAACUGGCUGUCGCAUUACUUUGCGCUGCUGGAGCAGCCGGCGGGCAGUGAGCGUGGCGUCUAUCGGCAGCUGCACUGCCUGCGCCUAAUGCAGACAAUUCUGGCGGCAUGGGGCCAGGAGGAGGAGCCGCGCAUGGCUGCGCUGGUGCGUCAGCUAUUUGGCACACUUGGACGCAUCGCGCUGCACUGUCCCGGCGAUGUGACGCUGCAGCCGCAGGAGGGCGGCAAGUCGCGCGUCCUGCUGACCGCCUCGCAUUCGGGCAGCGUAGCCGAGGAGCUAGUCGGUCUGCUGCGUCGCCUGCACACGCUGCCCCACUGGAAUGCGGUGAUCAAUUCGUUUCUGGCCCAGAAAUUGUGCGUCGCCGCGGAGCUGCUGCAGGGCGAAUCCCUGUUGCUGCCCCAAACGCCGCUGGACACGGAGCACAGCCUGGUGCUGGGCGUUCUCAGCGCCAUGGGCGGCUACGAUCUGCGACCACGCGUCGGACUCCAUUGCUUUUACGAGGGCAGCCACAUGAUCAUCGCCAGCUUCACGCACAAGGGACGCUGCCUGCUCGCGCACAGUGCUCCGCCCGCGGGCAGCAUGUCCGCUCAGGGUUUGGUCAAGGUGCCGCUGGCCACGGUGCUGCCCCAGCUGGAUCACAGCUGCUUUAGUCUGACUCGGCUGCCCAUGAACGAGAUGCUUCUAAAUGCCUGGACGGUGCUGUUGUAUGGCGCCGCCAGCUGCAGCAGCUCCUCAGCCGCCAACUGGGAGCUGCUCAACGCUGGCGAGGGUCGACUCGAUGUUCGCCUGCUGCGCAGCCAACAGCUACAGCUGGCCGUGCUGCACACCAACGGCGUGCUCUAUCGCCACCAGGCGGCCCUCCGCAAGAUACUCAAACAGCGGGCGCCCGCCGGCGGCUACAAUGGCGGCAACGAGGAGGCCGACACGGAGCAGGAACCGGAACAGGAGCAGGAGCAGCUACAAAAAUUGCAGCAAACGGAUGCACGCAACGGCAACAGCCAACAGCCGGAGCAACCGGAACAGCUGCUCAUCCAGUGCCUGCUGCUGCGCGCCACACAACCAUCUCCGGUUAAAGCAUGCUAUGGCUACACAGAGCUGGCCACUGCGGCGCUCAACUGCGUCCAAACUCUGGCCAGCCAGGCGCAUCAGCAGCUAAUGAAUGCCGAGAACGAGCUGCAGCCGCUGCUGCUGCCCAGUCCCGCACAGCCCACGAUGGUGCACGGUAUUGCCGUCUAUAAUGUGGCCAAGGAGCAGCCGGCGGCGACGGAAACGAUGCAGCCGCAGGCGCUGCCUGUCGCCGCAAGCGAUGCGCAGUUGAUUGAACAGAUUAUGGAGAUGGGCUUCACGCGACGCAAUGUGGCGUUGGCCUUGAAGCAGCUGUCGCUGCAGGCGGAGGCCAUGCCGACGCCCGAACAGAUUGUCCAGUUUAUACUCGAGCAUCCCGACGUGUGCGCCAAUACGAUUGACGAGGAGGCCGCCAGCCUGGAGACGGAGCAGCGACCAGCUCACGGAAACGGAAGUGGUAGCAGCACAACGAGCAGCAGCACAACGAGCAGCAGCAGCGGCAGCAGCAGCAGCUCCUCGGACACUGUUGAGGAUCAGAUCGUGCAGAAGUUUGAGACACGCAAAGACUUCCAAACGGCCGAUCAUUAUGCGCUCUAUGUGCGCGGCCUCGUGCGUCCCGGCAUGCUCGUGCGCUGCUGUCGCGACUUCGAGGAGAUCAAACAGGGCGACAUGGGCAAUGUACUGAUCGUGGACACCGAGGGACUGCACGAUCUCAAUGUGCAGGUCGAUUGGCGCAAUCAUGGCAGCACCUAUUGGGUAUGCUUUGUUCACAUCGAGCUGGUCGAGUCUGCUGCUCAUUUAUUGCCCCUGCCACGCCCACCGCCGGCAAUCAUAGUUGGCGCCAGGGUAAGACUGCGCUCGAAUGGACAACUGAUGCGACUGGGCGGCUCGCGCAGCCAGCCGGAUUACGGCGUGGUCACCGCGAUGCGCGGCAAGCAAUUGACUGUGGAGUUUCCGGAUCAGCCGCAUUGGCAGGGACACAUCAACGAAGUGGAGCCGGCGCAACCAGUUCCCGCGCCAGCUGCAGCUCCUGCCCAGUCGCAGCAGCCGGCGCCACAGCAACAGCAGCUGCCGGCGGCCGCGCAACUGGACCUGAUUGAGGAUUGGUCACGCUGCAUCCGUUCGCUGAGCGUCAGCUCGAACGAGUCGGCGGCCAAGCAUCUGCUCGACGGCAGCGGCCUGGCCUGGCAGAGCUGCUCGAGCGGACCCUGUCGCCAUUGGAUACGCCUCGAGCUGCACGAUCGUGUCCUUGUGCACAGCCUGGCGUUGCGCGUCAGCCCCGAGGAUCAUUCGCAUAUGCCAUCGCUGCUGGAGGUGCGCGUCGGCGAGUGCAUCGAUAGCCUCAAGGAGUACACCUGGAUACCGGUCGCAGCGGGCGCCACUCGCGUCCUACUCAUGCAGCAGGCAACACAGUAUUAUCCCUGGAUCGAGAUCGUAAUCAAACAGUGCCAGAACAAUGGCAUCCAGUGCAAGGUGCAUGGCCUGCAAUUUAUCGGGCGUCGCCAGCAGCCGGACAUACAGCAUAUGUUGGCCAACGCGCAGUUUUUAGCCUGCGAAUAUGGCGGCGGCGCCGGCGCCGGUGGAGCAGCUGCAGCAGCCGCCGCCGCUCCAGCCACAGCUCCGGCGGAAACUACGCUGACGACGACGAGCAGCAGCAGCAGCAGCCAUGCGGAACAGGAGCUGCCAUGCACGGUGAUGGUCUGGGGCCUCAACGACAAGGAGCAGCUGGGCGGCCUGAAGGGCUCCAAGGUUAAGGUGCCCACCUUCUCGCAGACGAUCAGCCGCCUGCGGCCCAUCCACAUAGCCGGCGGCAGCAAGUCGCUGUUUGUGGUCAGCCAGGAUGGAAAGGUUUAUGCCUGCGGCGAGGGCACCAACGGACGCCUCGGCCUGGGCGUUACACACAAUGUGCCGUUGCCCCAUCAGCUGCCCGUGCUGCAUCAGUAUGUCGUUAAGAAGGUAGCGGUUCAUUCGGGCGGCAAACAUGCGCUUGCCCUUACGCUCGACGGCAAGGUGUUUAGCUGGGGCGAGGGCGAGGACGGCAAGCUCGGACAUGGCAAUCGCAGCACCCUGGACAAGCCACGCCUGGUGGAGGCGCUGCGCGCCAAGAAGAUACGCGACAUUGCGUGCGGCUCCUCGCACUCGGCGGCCAUCAGCAGUCAGGGCGAGCUGUACACCUGGGGCCUGGGCGAGUACGGCCGACUCGGCCACGGCGACAAUGCUACACAGCUGAAACCGAAGCUUGUGACCGCGCUCCAUGGACGUCGUGUCAUUCAGGUGGCCUGCGGCAGCCGGGAUGCCCAGACAUUGGCGUUGACCGAAGACGGCGCCGUCUUUAGCUGGGGCGACGGUGACUUUGGCAAGCUGGGACGCGGCGGCAGCGAGGGUUCCGCCACGCCGCACGAAAUCGAACGUCUCUCCGGCAUCGGCGUCAUCCAGAUCGAGUGCGGCGCCCAGUUUAGCCUAGCACUGACGCGCGCCGGCGAGGUCUGGACCUGGGGCAAGGGCGACUAUUAUCGGCUCGGCCACGGCGGCGAUCAGCAUGUGCGCAAGCCUCAGCCCAUCGCUGGACUACGCGGCCGCCGGGUCAUCCAUGUGGCUGUCGGCGCGCUGCACUGCCUCGCCGUAACGGACGCCGGCCAGGUGUACGCCUGGGGCGACAACGAUCAUGGCCAGCAGGGCAGCGGGAAUACGUUCGUGAACAAGAAGCCCGCCCUGGUGAUUGGACUGGAUGCGGUAUUUGUGAAUCGCGUCGCCUGCGGCAGUUCCCAUUCCAUGGCCUGGGGCCUGCCCAAUGCGACUCUGGAUGAGGAGAAACGCGGCCCCGUACCUUUUGGCAGCACACGUGAUCCGCUCGGCGGCAGCAGCCUUGGCAUCUACGAGGCGGAGACGCCGCCAACGAUGCACAUGCAUACAACGCCGGAUGUGGCCGGCAAGCCGGAUGCUCGACCCAGCACAUCGGCGGGCGCCGCAGCAGCGGCGGCGGCAGCAGCAGCAGCUGCUGCUGCUGGUCCUGCCUCCGGCUGCGCCACGCAGCCGAGUCUUAGCGAGAGUCUCACGCUGGAGACGCCGGCGGCACGACAGGCGGCACUGGGUCAUGUGCUGCGCGCGAUGAGCAUCUUGCAGGCGAGGCAGCUCAUUGUCGCGGCGCUGACCAGCCACAGCAAGGUCAACUACAAGGAGACGACCGCCCGCCAGCUUGAGGAGCAGCUCAAUACGGCAGCGGGCGGGGGCGGUGUAGGAGCUGCUGCUGCUGCUGCUGGAGGAGCAGCGGGCACAGGUGCAGGAGCAGCUGCUGGAACGGGAACGGCAACCAUAGCCCAGGGCGGCGGCGAGGCGCCGGCAGAUGCCAGCGAUGCAGCACUGCUGGCGACGGAGCAGCAUUCACCGGAGGAACCCGGCCCGGCACAGCUGUCCGGGCAAGUGCCGAGCGCGGGUCCGUUGAGCGCCUUCCAGAGCCUGACCGGUUCGCUGACCAUGUCGGGCAUGUCGGCGGGCUCGCAUUCGCGCAUGUCCGCCAGCGCCAUGUCCGUAAUGGCCGCCACGAUGACACAACAGGAAGAGAUGCUGGCACAGUUUACGCACAAUCAUGGGCUGGACGAUUUUGGUGCUUUGCUUCAGGAGCCGGAGGCCAAGUCUCUGGUCGAACUGCUCAAGCUGGCCGUUUGCGGCCGUUGCGGUCCGCCGAGCACGGCACAGACCAUCGCAGAGACCCUGAUCUCGCUGAGCAGCAAUGCGGGCAUUGCGGCCAUGCUGCUGGAGACCUGCAUCACCGAAUUGGAGGAUCUGUGCACGUCGCGCCAUUGCCUGGGCAAGCUGCCGAAGCCCAUUAUGCAGGAGAGCAGCCAUCCGUAUGUGGACAAUAUGAAUGUGAGCGGCACGGUCCGGAUACCCGGCGCCGAGAUGCUGCGCCUCGAAUUCGAUAGCCAGUGCAGCACGGAGAAACGCAACGAUCCGCUGGUCAUCAUGGACGCGGCCGGUCGUAUGCUGGCCAUGCGUUCCGGCCGUGAAUUUGCCCAUUGGGCGCCCGAGAUCCGAGUGCCCGGCGAUGAGCUGCGCUGGAAAUUCUGUUCGGAUAGCUCGGUGAAUGGCUGGGGCUGGCGCUUCUGGGUGCACGCCAUCAUGCCGGCGGCGACGCUCGGCGAGAGCGGCUCCGAUCGUGCCGUUCUCUCGCAGCCAUCGAUGGCCCUCGUCAUGGCCCUGCUCGAUGCACGCCUGGCCCCACGCCAGCCCCAGGUGCUGCUCCGACUGGCCGCCGCCCUGGCUGCUUGCGCCCAACUGGGCGCCUUGAGCACCGCUCAGCGCAUUUGGGCUCUGAAGAAACUGCAUGCGGUGCUGCUGCUAGAACAGGCGCCACGCCCACAGGAGCCAGCACUGGCUGCUAUACUGUUGCCCCUCAUCCCAGAGCUGCUGCGUCAAUAUGAGUACGAGGAGCCGCAGGUGCGCGGCGGCAUACAUCUGAUGCAUUCGGAUUACUUUAAGACCCUGGCGGCGCUCGCCUGUGAUAUGCAGCUAGACGCAGCGCUGCCCACCACCAGCAGCAGCAGCAGCUCCUCCUCGACAGGCUGUGCCGUCGCCACCGUCGGCGGCUCCUCCUGCUCCGCCGCCGCCGCCGCCAGCUUGACUGCUGCCAAUGGCUCCGGGGAUGUGCACAAGUGGGCGUGGUUCAAGCGAUAUUGCAUCGCAGUGCGCGUCGCACAAGCGCUAAUCCGACGCACGGAGCUGCCGCGCCAAUUCUGCCUGGAGGUGCGCAAGAAGUUUGCCGAAAUGCUGCCACCGCCGGCUCCGGCGCCCGUCACCAGCUGUCCAUCGCCGGGCACCUCGCUAAUCAACUCGGCCACGUCGCUCUCCUCCAGCACCGUGAGCAAUGCCUCCGCCACGGAACAGCAGCAGCAACAACAACAGUUGGCGCCGGAACUGCUGCUCCUGGAGCAAGUGCAGCAGCCGGCGCUGGCACAACAUCAACAAACGCCGCCGGCGCCUUUGCAGCUGCUGCUGCACGAGGAUCACACGCUGUUCCAGGCGCCGCACGAUGCCCAGCUGCUGCAGUGGCUCAACCGGCGGCCGGAUGACUGGGCACUGAGCUGGGGCGGAGCCAGCACCAUUUAUGGCUGGGGACACAAUCAUCGCGGCCAACUGGGCGGCCUCGAGGGCAGCCGCAUCAAGACUCCGACGCCCUGCGAGGCGCUCAGCCUGCUGCGUCCCAUCCAGCUGGCCGGCGGCGAGCAAUCCCUGUUUGCUGUGACGCCGGAUGGCAAACUGUUUGCGACGGGCUACGGUUCCGGCGGACGACUGGGCGUCGGUGGCAGCGAUUCGUGGGCAAUACCCACGCUUCUCGGUUCGCUGCAGCACGUCUUUGUCAAGAAGGUGGCGGUCAAUUCCGGCGGCAAGCAUUGCCUCGCUCUGACCACGGACGGCGAGGUCUAUGCCUGGGGCGAGGGCGAGGACGGCAAGCUCGGACAUGGCAAUCGCAUGAGCUACGAUCGACCCAAGCUGCUGGAGCAUCUCAAUGGGAUGAGCGUCGCGGAUAUUGCGUGCGGCAGCGCCCAUUCGGCGGCGAUUACGGCCAGCGGACACGUCCUGACCUGGGGCAAGGGCCGUUACGGCCGGCUGGGCCAUGGCGAUUCGGAGGAUCAGCUGCGUCCCAAGCUGGUGGAGGCGCUGCUCGGCUAUCGGGCCAUUGACAUUGCCUGCGGCUCGGGCGAUGCACAGACGCUGUGCAUCACGGACGACGACAACGUCUGGAGCUGGGGUGACGGCGACUACGGCAAGCUGGGACGCGGCGGCAGCGAUGGCUGCAAGUUGCCCUACAAAAUCGAAAGCCUGGCCGGCCUGGGCGUCAUCAAGGUCGAGUGCGGUUCACAGUUCUCCGUCGCGCUGACCAAAUCCGGCGCCGUCUACACCUGGGGCAAAGGCGAUUUCCAUCGCCUCGGUCACGGCUCCGUCGAUCAUGUGCGUCGGCCCAAAAAGGUCGCAGCGCUCCAGGGCAAAAAGAUCAUCUCAAUAGCGACCGGUUCGCUGCACUGCGUCGCCUGCAGCGAUGCCGGCGAGGUCUACACCUGGGGCGAUAACGAUGAGGGCCAGCUGGGCGAUGGCACCGUCACGGCCAUACAGAGGCCACGCCUUGUCGCCGCACUGCAGGGCAAGCACAUUGUGAAGGUGACGUGCGGCUCGGCGCAUACGUUGGCCCUGUCCACGUCGCAGCUAAGCGAACGGCUGCGUCCGCUGCCCAAUCCGCCGCUCGAAUACGAUUUGGUGCGCGAUCUGGCGCCGGAAGCGCUGCACGCUCGCCUCAUCCUGCUGCAUCAUUUCUCGGAGCUGCUGUGCCCCUGUCUGGCCAUGCUGCCCAUUGCCGGCGAUCUCAGUCUGGGCGCGCUCAAGGAUGUGCUCGUCUACAACAUCAAGGAGGCGGCCUUUCGCAAGGUCAUCCAAACGACAAUGGUGCGCGAUAAGCAGCACGGACCCGUCAUCGAACUGAAUCGCAUCCAGGUGAAACGAUCGCGUAGCCGCUGCAAUGGACUCGCCGGCAUCGAUGGCAUGAAGAGCGUCUUUGGCCAGAUGGUGCAAAAGUUGCCGCUGCUCACCCAGGAGGCGCUCGCACUGCCGCAUCGCGUCUGGAAGGUCAAGUUUGUUGGCGAGAGCGUCGACGAUUGCGGCGGCGGUUAUAGCGAAUCCAUUGCCGAGAUGUGCGAUGAGCUGCAGAAUGGCAGUGUUCCGCUCUUGAUAAGCACACCCAAUGGGCGGGGCGAGGCGGGCGCCAAUCGGGAUUGCUUCCUGCUGGAUCCAACGCUCACCUCCGUUCUGCAGAUGAACAUGUUCCGCUUUCUGGGCGUGCUCAUGGGCAUUGCGGUGCGCACCGGCUCCCCCCUCAGUCUCAACUUGGCGGAGCCCGUGUGGCGGCAGCUAACGGGCGAGCCGCUGCGUCCUACGGAUCUCACCGAGGUGGAUCGCGACUAUGUGGCCGGACUGCUCUGCAUCCGCAACAUGGACGACGAUGCGAAGCUUUUCAAUACGCUGGAGCUGCCGUUUUCGACAUCGUCGGCCCGUGGCCACGAGGUGCCGCUGUCCACCCGUUAUACGCACAUCUCGCCCAGAAAUCGCGCCGAAUAUGUGCGCCUGGCGCUCGGCUUUCGGCUGCACGAGUUCGAUGAACAGGUGAAGGCUGUGCGCGACGGCAUGUCCAAGGUGAUACCCGUGCCGCUGCUCUCCCUGUUCUCGGCCGCCGAGCUGCAGGCGAUGGUCUGCGGCUCACCCGAUAUACCGCUGGGCCUGCUCAAAUCGGUGGCCACCUACAAGGGCUUCGAUCCCAGCUCGGCGCUGGUCGGCUGGUUCUGGGACGUCAUGGAGGAGUUUACCAAUCAGGAGCGUUCGCUGUUCCUGCGCUUUGUGUGGGGAAGAACAAGACUGCCGCGCACCAUUGCCGACUUUCGGGGACGCGACUUUGUGCUGCAGGUGCUCGAAAAGAAUCCGCCCGAUCAUUUUCUGCCCGAGAGCUAUACCUGUUUCUUUCUGCUCAAAAUGCCGCGCUACUCCUGCAAGGCUGUGCUGCUGGAGAAGCUCAAGUAUGCGAUACACUUCUGCAAGAGCAUCGACACGGAUGAAUAUGCGCGCGUGGCCAUGGGCGAACCCACCGAGGCGACUGGCAGCGAGGACAACAGCGAUCUCGAGUCCGUUGCCAGUCACGACGGCUGAACGCAAUUAUCGAUAACAACAAUAUAUCGGAAAUCGAAAUGAAAACAAAAACAAAAACAAACAUAAUUUAUGCUGCUGCUGCUGCUGCUUGGCAUAUGAUAAACGCAACGCACUUCAAACGCAUUAGAUUAGCCGCCGAUUAGCCGAUUAAUCGAUUAGACGAUUAAUCGAUUAUUUGCUUAGCAAUUCGCACGCACUUGCCAGAUCUGCAGCACACACACACACACACACAGACUUGGCAGAUCUGCAGCACACACACACAAACACAAACACAUAACAGAGACAAAGACAGCUUGGAAGAGAGCGCACGCGAUAUUGGAAGUGAGAGGGAGGAGAAUAUUGGAAAGGAUACUGGAAACUGUUGAUGAGCCGCGAAACCACGAAACCAAAAAGCAAAUUAAGCAAACGUUAAAUGUUAUUUCCAUAUUGCAUAAAUGUUAGUUUAAAAAGUCCAAACACACACCCAUACACAUAUAAAUAAUAUAUAUAAAUGAGAAUACCAUAAAGCUAUAUAUAUAUACAUAUAUAUAUAUGCGUAUAUAUAUAUCUACACAAUUAUGCUUACAUAAUAUAGCUUACAGUUGGCAGGAGCUGCCUGCCAUUGAUAUUAAAUUACAAAUAUUGAUUAUUGAUAAUGAUAAUUGCUAUAACGAUAACGAUAACGAUAUCGAUAACGAUAAUAUGCUAACGAUGAUCAAUUCUAGUUGUGUGUUUUCGGCAAAGCAAAAUACAAAAGCAAAAACAAACAAAAAAUAACAUUGAAUAUGCAAGAAAUGAAAAAC